AUGGCCUUUAUUUUACGUGACCUGAGAACAACUAGUAUAAAACGUCUGCUCCUACCUACAACAAGACGCACGUUUGCGAUCUCAUCUGUCAUCAUGACACCCCGUAUCAGUGACGCAAUUAAGCAAGAUCACCGGGAGAUAGAGUCAUAUUACGAACAAAUUGUCGGAACUUCAGACGAGACUGAGCAGACAAAGUACCAGAAUCAAUUUACCUGGGAACUGGCUCGGCAUUCAAUUGGAGAAGAGCUUGUCGUUUAUCCGGCUUUUGAGAAGUAUGUGACCAACGGCGUCGAAAUUGCCAACAAAGAUCGUGAGGAGCACCAGUCAGUAAAGCAACUGAAGAUCUUCCAGAAUAUGAAAGCUUCGGAUCCUCAAUUUAUUCCUACGAUCAAGGCUCUAAUGGAGGAUCUGUCUGAGCAUAUUAAGGAAGAAGAGACGAAUGACCUCCCUAAAUUGGAGGAACUUCUGUCGCAGGAGGAGAGCGAGGGGUAUUCGACGUCCUUUGGAAGAACGAAGAUGUUCGUUCCCUCCCGCUCCCACCCCAGUGCACCAGACAAGCCGCCAUACGAGACGGUCGUUGGCCUUCUAGCAGCACCAAUUGAUCACCUUUCCGACCUCUUCCGCAAGUGGCCUCACACCUCGGGAAUGCCCAAUCCUUCAACGAAGUAA